AUGCUGCUGGGCCCCUGGCUGCUGGCGGCGGCGGCGGCGGUGGCGGCGGCGGGCGCGGGCUGCCCGGUGCUGUGCAGCUGCCGCGGGCAGGCGGUGGACUGCAGCGGGCAGCGGCUCUUCUCCGUGCCCCCCGAGCUGCCGCUGGACACCGGCAACCUGAGCCUGGCCCACAACCGCAUCGCCAGCAUCCCGCCGGGCUACCUGGGCUGCUACGGGCAGCUGCGCGCCCUCGACCUGCGCAACAACUCGCUGGCGGCGCUGCCGGCCGGGCUGUUCCGCGGCGCCCGGCGCCUGGCGCACCUGGACCUGAGCUACAACAACUUCAGCCUGGUGCCCGCCGACAUGUUCCGCGAGGCCAGCGCGCUGCUGCGCCUCGACCUCAGCCACAACCCGGGGCUGCGCCGCGUCCACCCGCAGGCCUUCCGCGGCCUGGCCCAGCUGCGCGAGCUGGACCUCAGCUACGGCGGCCUGGCCGCCCUCAGCCUCGACGCCCUGGAGGGGCUGCCCGGCCUCGUGGGGCUGCGCCUGGGGGGCAACCCCUGGCUCUGCGGCUGCGCCAUGGAGCCGCUCCUCAAGUGGCUGCGGGGGCGCAUCCAGCGCUGCUCCUCGGAUUCGCAGCAGGCGGAGUGCUGGGCUCCCCCCGAGGUGGCGGGGGCCCCGCUGCUGUCGCUGACGGAGGAGAGCUUCCAGGCCUGCCACCUCACGCUGACCCUCGACGACUAUCUCUUCAUCGCCUUCGUCGGCUUCGUCGUCUCCAUCGCCUCGGUGGCCACCAACUUCCUGCUGGGCAUCACGGCCAACUGCUGCCACCGCUGGAGCAAGGCCAGCGAGGACGAGGACGUUUAG